AUGGAAUACGUAACUCUCGGUCGUUCUGGUCUAAAAGUAUCCAAAGUUAUUUUGGGAUGCAUGUCCUUUGGUUCCAAGGAUUGGAUGAAGUGGGUCUUGGAAGAGGAUGAGGCUUUGGAGAUUCUUCAUCACGCCUACCAAAGCGGCAUCAACACAUGGGACACAGCAGAUGUGUAUAGUGAUGGAAAGUCGGAGGAAAUUGUAGGCAAGGCUCUUGUUAAGUACAAGAUCCCCCGUAACCGUGUUGUAAUCAUGACCAAGUGUUACUUUGGCGUGAAAGACGAACCUGCCAAGAACGAGGACCCAAACAAUCUCUUGCACGGUAUGAUGGAGGCCCCGGUGAAUGGCAUGGGUCUUUCUCGUAAGCACAUCUUUGACGCAGUCGAGGCAAGUGUCAAGCGUCUGGGCACAUAUAUUGAUGUGCUUCAGAUCCAUCGUCUGGACAAGGAGACGCCGAAGGAGGAAAUUAUGCGUGCUCUGAAUGACGUUGUCGAAAAGGGCUGGGUCCGCUACAUUGGUGCUAGUUCGAUGGCUGCCUGGGAGUUCCAGCAGCUACAGAACAUUGCAGACAAGCAUGGAUGGCACAAGUUCAUUAACAUGCAGAACUUGUACAACCUGCUGUACCGUGAGCAGGAGCGUGAAAUGAUCCCGUACUGCCGUGACACAGGCGUGGGUCUCACGCCUUGGUAUUCUCUCGCAGCUGGCCUUCUGGCACGCCCAUGGGACGACAAGUCGACAGAGCGUAUUCAGACGGACCCAUACAUUUCUGUGGUGAUGGGCUCUACAGAGAACAACGGCGAUAAGAAGAUUGUGGACCGCGUGCAAGAGCUUGCUAAGAAGAAGGGUGUUUCUAUGGCUCAGGUAGCGCUGGCAUGGUCCUUGAGCAAGAAGGGCAUUACGCCCAUCCUUGGUCUCAACAAGAAGGAACGCAUUGAUGAGGCUGUAGCUGCCCUGAAAGUCUCGCUCACGGACGAGGAGGUGGCCUACCUGGAGGAGCCGUACUCGCCCAAGCCUAUCGUAGAGUAUCAGUAG